AUGCCCGCGUCUAGAGCGAUAGCACCAGGAGACAGAGAGCUGGCAAGACUUACCGCUACCCCGUUGUCCCCAGAAAUUGAGAGCACGCCGCUCCCUGCCGGAUUCCACCAGCCUAAGUUCACGUUGUACGACGGCAAGACGGAUCCAUACAUGUACGUGAGUUAUUACCGGCAAGUAAUGGCUGGACACCGGCGCAAUGACGCCUUGAUAUGCCUCAUAUUCCCAGCAAGCCUGGGAGAACUGGGCCUAAAAUGGUUCGAAAGGCUUCCAGAGGGGAGCAUCAAGGGAUGGAAACAACUCGCAGAGGCCUUCGUCACUAGAUUCAAAACCAACACUCGAACACCGAAGGAGGUCGACUAUCUUUGGGGCAUUAAGAUGGAAUCAAGAGGCUCUUUGAAGGCAUAUAAUUCCAAGUACUGGGAAACCUACAAUGAGAUCCUCAACUGCCCCACCAAUCUGGCGAUCACCCAGUACAAACAGGGUCUCCCAGUCGGACAUAGGCUACGAGAUUCACUUACGAUGCACCAACCCACUACCAUGGAAUCUUUGAUGCAGCGGAUCAACGAACACAUCCGAGUGGAGGAUGAUGCCACCACCGCAACCGAAAAGGCAAAUCCAGUCACAGCGGACAGAAGAGUGGCAGGGAAGGUUCACUCGGUAGAGCAGGAAGGCAAUCGCCCAAAUGACUGGUCAAAAGAUCAACGUCGUGGCUCAAACCGCGAUGAUAGGAACAAAGGUCGUAGGAACGACCGAGCUAACGCUCCUCGUGAUGAAGAAGAAGAUGCCAAAAGAAAGUUGAAAGCACGAACCGGCAUCACCACGAUCUUUAAAAUCCCGAUUUACCGCAUCCUAAGUGAAAUCCAAGGUGAACCUUACGUCCGUUGGCCGGCCAAGUUGGGAAACACGCAAAGAGGUUUCAACUCGAGGUAUCGCUGCACCUUUCAUGAAGAAUGA